AUGGACGUCUAUUACACUCCUGCCGACUUGAGCGAAAACGUAAUCCUUGAAAUGACGCUUGACGGCGUCUGUCUGUUUUCACACGAAGGGAAUUACCAAGAUAGCUACGAAGAGGCUAUGGCUGAUAUCAGAGCCUUUUACGAGGGAUACGCACCGACGCCGGUGUUUGACGACAUACCGAGCGAGUCCGAGCCGCCUUUGACUUUGGAAGACUGGGAGUACCUGCAGUCUAUAUGCCACUUUGAUCUCGGCUUUGGAGGGGAUGUGCCGACGCUGGAGGAUACACCCGAUUCAUUCUAUGGUACAGAUAUCUACGGACUAUUUUGA